GUGUGACAAACCAAGAACAUCCGGUCGGCAACAGUUUGGUGUACCAAAACAGCUCCUCAAUGGGAGAGGUAAAAGAAAACUUGUAAGAUGAACUGGGCUAAUGGGCACGUCAAAAACUAAACUGUGAUUUGCCAAAUGAUUCUUAGAACUUUGUACCUGGCGGCCCAAAUUUUGCAGAUAAGACAACACUCAAAGUUCCGCUCCCAUCAGAUAAAAACAAGAAGUGGCUCCAGUGCACAUGAUCACCUGGUUGACAAAUCCUGGUUCCUUUUGGGUCAUGGGGAUGGCCUAGUCAGGGUUGGCGUUAACAGUAUGGACCCAUCUAGUCUGGAGUCAAUGGUGGUGAAUGGUGGUGGUGGUGGAGGGAAAGUUUCCCUGGCACAUGUUACCCUCGUUACCAACUGAGCAACAUUCGAACAGCGCAGCAAAAUUGUACAAAAAAUACAAGAUUAAGUGUUUUGGAAAUAAACGUCAUUACCACCUCCCACCAUUGUUCUUCAUGCCUUUAUGACAGCCCUCAUUCCCUGAGUGUACACAUAAAUACAUGAAGUACUUCUAGCAUAGUUCAAUGAUUAACCACAAAGAUAAGGAAGUGAGACAGAAACAGAGAAAAAAACUGAAGGAGAGAAGUAAAAGCAGAGAAGUCAUAUGGGCAAGAGACUGACAGUGUAGCUGGUAUAGAGGAAGUUAGUUUGUGUUGUGAAAGUUUCUUUCUGUGUUUCUGUGCGGUAUAAACCCACCACAUGGAGGAGAUCAGCAGUUUUGUCCGGACAAUAGAGCUGAAUGAUGGGACACGCAUGCCCCUGCUGGGUUUAGGAACAUGGAAGGUACUCUCACUCUGCAGUUCAUCAUCAGUGUUUCAGAGCGCAGUGGAAGCUGCCAUAGCUGCUGGUUAUCGUCACAUAGACACAGCCUACAGCUACCGGAAUGAGGUAGAGAUCGGCAAGGCCCUCCGCUCCAAGAUGCAGCAAGGCAUCAUCCGACGGCAAGACAUGUACAUCGUCAGUAAGCUGUGGUGUACACACCACGCAACCAACGACAUCCAAGUAUGUCUGAACAAGUCCCUGAGUGACCUUCAGCUGGACUACCUGGACCUUUAUCUGGUGCACUUCCCUGUAGGACUGAAGAAAGUGGAUGAUGAGCUGUUUCCUAUGAAAGAUGGAGAAAUUCUCACCACUGACAUUGAUUAUCUGGAUGUGUGGAAGGGGAUGGAGGCCUUGCUUGCUUCAGGAAAAGUAAAGAGCAUUGGUGUUUCCAACUUCAACAUCCUUCAACUGGAAAGACUGCUCUCUGUGGCCAAGGUCCCUCCUGCAGUCAACCAGGUGGAGCUGCAUCCCUACCUGGUUCAGUCUGACCUGGUGGAGUUCUGCAAGUCUCGCAACAUAGCUCUCAUUGCCUACAGCCCUUUGGGUUCCCCUGGAAGACCAAAAGACCUUCACCGGGGAGACACUGACCCUGGGAGGCUGUUAGAGGACCCUGUUGUAGGAGAUGUGGCUAAGAAGCACAGACGAAGUCCUGCUCAGGUGCUUUUGAGGUAUAAUGUGCAGCAGGGCAUUGCAGUGAUCCCAAAGAGUGUCAAACCAAACCACAUUCUGGAAAACACUAAGAUUUUCAAUUUCUCUCUGAGUGAAGAAGACAUGUCAGCAUUAAGAGGACUAGAUCGAGGCUGGAAGUGCUGUGUUAUCGACUCACUGAAGUCUCAUCCAUACUACCCCUUUGAAUGACGAAGUCCCUGAGGACCAGAUAUUCCUGUGGGGAAGAACACCAGCAACCCUCUACCAAUGUUUAUGGCUGUUUACCUAGAACUUGAAACUGUGAUGACAAAUGAAAAUGUAACACUAAUGAUAGGAUCAUACUGUUUUGAACUGUUUUUUGAAUUUUAUUUUGUUUUAAGUUGCUGAUUUCAGCGCAUGGAUGCCCUCUGGGACAACUAUGCACUUUCUGUCACAUUCUGAAGACUAUGCACUUUGUCAAAACAAUGAUCAUAAAAAAAUGUCUUUAAAUCUUA